AUGGGUGAUUAAUUUUAUCAAUUAUGUUCAAAAUGGACUGUGUCAGAGAAAUUUAAUUCUAGUUAGAAUCUCGAAUAUAAGAAGACAAUAGUUGAUGUUUGUUCAUUUAAAACAAUAGAAGAAUUUGCAUAUUUAAUGAAAAAGACUAUAUAUUCAAAAUUAUCAGAUGUCUUAAGUGAGCCAUAAAAAUGCAAAAUGUAAAGAGAUGUUAUUAAUACAGCUUUAAAUAAUUUAAUGAUAAUGCUUUAGAUGUUUAAAUAGAAGCAAUUUAAUUUUUCAAGAAUGAUAUAAAACCAUGGUGGGAAGAUGAAAAUAAUAAAAAUGGUGGUGAGAUCUAAUUUGAUAUUCCAACAUAAUUUUAUAAUAUAUAUGAUAAUUUAUACUAAGAUAUUUUAUAUGAAGUGAUUGGAUAAUCAAAUGAGGAUUUGAGCCAUGUAUUUAAAUUAUUUUAUAUAGAUAAAUGGUUUAAGAGUUGUUGAUAAAAUUAAUGCAAAGCAAGGAAAUAGAAUAAGAAUUGAAUUAUGGUUAGAUAUUGAUCCAAAAGACAAGCAUGAGUCUAUUCUAAAAUUAGAUGAAUGGUUAGUAUCUUUGAUUCAAAAAUAUCAUAUUGAGUAGGCACAACUCACUUAAGUGUCGCAUAAAAAAUGAAC